AUGAUGAGCCCCAUUUCCUGUCUUGCUAGGUGCCCUUCUUCUCCCUUGCAUCCACUGUACAAUCCCCAUGUUAGCCAUCUCUCCAGACUCGGUCUUCUGGAAUCAGGACAUCUCACACAAGCAUGCAUAAAACUCCGUCCUCAUGUACCGGCACCAGGUGCUCUCCACCGUCUCCUCGCCAACAGCACGAUCACGCAGGUAUCUCAUGAAGGAUACAACGAUUAUGUCUCGCUCGGAGCCAAACCAUCCUUCAUCUUCAACGAGACGGGAUAUAUUGACGACGAGCGCCUUUUCUUCGAAAUCGAGGCUAACCUCGCUUCCGUGGAGCGUUUCAAUGAUGCGGAGACAAUGGAGAUCUGUGAGUUCUUUGGUUAA